AUGUUGUUGCAGUGGCACCGACUUCUAUUUCAGGGGGCGAUUAUCAAUAGCGACUGCGUGGCUUCUGUUGCUGUGUUUCAGGUUGCUGCGGGGAGCAAAAGUGGUUGUUUCAGAGAAUGGAGUCCCGGGGUCAGCCUCGGUGGAGUGCUUUCGAAUUGCCAAGAAGGCAAACGCCAAUGUCUUGACAGUAUUUACGCCAGCUCCGGUGGACUGCGUCGAUCCGGAGAUUUGCUGUUUCACGGAUUUUCUUCUUUGCAACAACAUCGAAGCAAAAGCGCUUGCGUCGAUCCGGAGAUUUGCUGUUUCACGGAUUUUCUUCUUUGCAACAACAUCGAAGCAAAAGCGCUUAUGAAGAUGUGGGACAGCGAAGCGGCUGCCACUGAAACCAACGACGGAGGACAGAUUUCACGUCGUCUCCAUGAUGUGAUGAUUCGUACGGCUUCUCGGUUUCCGGGGGGCGCGCGAGGCCUUGCCAACGUUGUCAUCACUCGAGGAGCCCACCCCUGUGUAAUAUUUGCAAAUGGAAAGACGACGGAAGUGCCACUGGCGAAACAGGUUCCGAGUGAACUCGUUGUCGACACGACGGGGGCGGGUGACUCUUUUGCAGGAUCGUUUGCUUAUUUCCUUCUUCAAGCACCCAACUCACCUGAAGCAGCAGUAGCCAAGGCGACGUUCGUUGCAGCGCAAUCCGUCACCAAGAAAGCCGCUGCGGAAAGCUACGCGGGAAGGCACGAGCUUCCUGAUCAUUUAUUCCAGCGCUCAUGA